CGUGCUGGUGCACCUGAGGGUUCUCAUCAUGGCUGAGAUGCCGCGAGGAAUGCCACUCCUAAGUGGACCACCACCAGAGAUCGUGGACGGUCGAGCUGAGCUGUCUUGCAGGAAAUGUAACAAGGAGUUCAAUAUCCUCUUCACCCGAGGAAGGCGCUGUAAUCACUGCGGCUACUCGUAUUGCCAUUCGUGUUCGGACUAUCAGGCCCUCAUGCCACGCAGAGGCGAUGAAGCCGGAUAUGACUGCAUGCCAGUCUGCGCUUUCUGCAUCCAGUAUCUCCAGAUCACCGCGGGAGGGAAAACCUUUCUGCGCUCAGUGCCUUUGUCAAAGCUGAAGAAUUACAUGCAAGCGUACGGACUCAAGAUUAAUACGGGUGUGAUAGAGAAAGACGACAUCAUUAAUGCCAUUAUCACAGCUCGGACGGAGAACGGAUGUUUGCCGAGGUCAAAUGAAAACUAUUACAGGAAGCAUACUGUACCUAGCGGUCAAAUUUCUCGACCGCGGGGCUUAUUCUCGAGACCAGAACGUGUUCAACCGCAACAAAACCUCGAUCCACGAGCUGGCUGGUCUCGAACGAAUAAUUUUGCUCGGCCGGAUUUACAACCCGAUGACUUGCAGCUGGACGCUACGAGACAAUGGAAUGCGCAUCAGGACCAUCUACGACAGCAAGAACAGCGACAGCGAGAAACAAGGAAUCAGUAUGCACCUGCUCCGGGCCCGCCACCUUACGCAACCUAUAAUUCACCACGGCGCAAUGCGAAUGCGAACGCUAGCAUACACAAUGCUUAUUCUGCAUUUCAGAAUCAACGUCCUAGUAGCGUUCCAUUUGAAUCUCCACGGACUUACACUAAUCAGAAUUAUCCAUCGUCGACACCCAAUCAAAGGCCAAAUCCUAGUCCAACAACCCGCCCUGCAACUACCGGUCCGACUGUUUCUCCUUCCCAGCCACCUCAUCAACGCCCUCCACAGCAGCAGUCCCAGCCUCGUCCACCUCGGCCUCAAGCCCCGACCUUGGACGAACUUCUCGCUAUGCAGGAAGAAGAAAUCACAGGACUUAGUAUUGGUGUUCUCAAAGAUAUUCUCGAUGAUAAUCAUGUUAGACCAGGCCUUGUCCUCGAGAAAGGCGAGCUUGUUGAACGUGUAAAAGCUUUAGUUGUUGCGGAACGGCGCGAGAGAGUCCACGCGGAGGCUAUACGCGAACGCGAAGAAUUCGAAGCACAGGAACGCGAAUGGGCUGCGCGGGAACGAGAACGUGCUGUGCGCGAGGCGAGAGAACGCGAAGCUAGGGAGAAGGCUGAAGCAGAGGAACGACAGCGACAUAGGGAUAUGUAUCGUACGACUGUAGAGAGUGCAAGUGACAGUGAUGGUGAUGACAGUGCACCAGGACACUCCGCAUCUUCAGCAGAUUAUAUUCGGGCACAUUCACAUUCUCCGUCUCCGGUACCAGAUGCACCGAAAGAGCAACAUCAACAGAAGAGCGAAGAACAGGAGCCAGUCAACAGAUCGAGGUCUUCAUCACCUCCUUCUACCAAGUCACAAGAACGAAGUGGACUCUGUGUCGUAUGUCAAGACGAAGAUGCGAAUAUUGUUAUCGUUGAUUGCGGACAUCUUGCAUUAUGUCGGGCAUGUUCAGACCUCGUCUGGUCCUCCACACGCGAGUGUCCCCUUUGUCGCACACGCAUAGUUACGCAGGCUCGCUUCCUUCGAGUUUUCAAGUCUUAAUUAUUUUCUCCUUCUGCACAUUUCAAACUUUCGGUUGCUCUGGUACAAUUAAUAUUAGUACUACGUAGACGUUAAACCAGGAAAGAUAUUUGUAC